UAUGAUGUACGGAUGCCUCAUCGAUGGAGUGCAUGCAUGUCAGAACCCUGCAUUAGAAGAUAUGAUAUAUUCUACACAUACGCACGUCAUUCACCCGUAAACGAAACCGACGAGCAAGGUCUAGACAGCGGCUGGGGAAGUACAAGCAUGGACACCAAACCAGUUGUUCACAGCACGGAGAAAUGGAUCGAGGAAAACAAGCAGUUCUUCCUCCCCCCAGUCUGCAACAAAAUGAUGCACAAGGAAGGUCAGCUAAAGGUGUUCUAUGUGGGCGGCCCCAACCAACGGAAGGACUACCACAUAGAAGAGGGGGAGGAGCUUUUCUACAUGCUCAAAGGAGAUAUGUGUCUGAAGGUUGUUGAAAAAGGCGUUCAUCGAGAUGUUCAUAUCAGACAAGGGGAGAUAUUCCUCCUCCCUGGCAGAAUUGCUCACUCUCCCCAACGCCAGGAGAACACAGUUGGUCUGGUGAUAGAGAGAGAGAGGUUUCAGGAUGAAAAGGAUGGACUCAGGUACUAUGUUGAAGACGGGGGCAAACCAACCCUCCAGUCCCUUUAUGAACAGUGGUUUUACUGCGAAGAUCUCGGCACACAACUCGGCCCAGUAAUCAAGGCCUACUUUGCUUCUGAACAACAUAAGACAGGGAAACCUCUGCCUGGGACAAUACCAGAGAUUCCCCGCGUGGUCCUAGACUCAACUAUUUCCCUGCAAGCUCCCUUCAACCUCUGGGACUGGCUGUACGCCCAUACAAAGGAGGUGCAUAGCAAGGGACAAAUACAGCUGUUUGGGGACCAGUAUCAGUUUGAUGUACGUAUUUUGGGCAAGGGAGAGCACUCUGGUAAAGUCAACAAUGCUGAGGUGUUUAUCUGGCAACUUGAAGGUGGCAGCACUGUGCAGGUAGAGGGCAAGGACUAUGCCCUGGUGGAGAAUGACACCAUGUUGAUCAGGACAGGACAAGCAUACACAGCUGUUCUCAGUGACACCUCUAUCGCCCUGAUCUGCUACCAGGACAGAGACCGCAAGACAUCUGCCAACUAGACAUGUGCCAGCACACUGGCAGAUCAAGGAGACGUGGACAUGGUCAUUUCAGUAUUCAGACCAGAAUGAUGUGAAAUAUAUUUUGAAGCAUGGAAAGUUUUGAAAUACUCUAUAUACAGUAAACUAUGGUUAUAACCAACUGAACAGGACAACUAAUUUUAGUUUGAAAUAACCCUAGUUCAUGAUACACAUUUCCUCUAACAUAAACAGCAAGUGGUUUGGGCC